AUGACAGAAGAUCGCGACCAGUACAUGGACCCAGCAAACCGCUCUCAGCUGCGUGAGCGUCAGGAUGCUGCCUUUGCUGAGCUGGAGGAGGAGCUCUGCUUGAGGAACUCGGCUGGCUCUCGGUGGUCCCCGGAGCUGCCGAAACCCCCACCUGCUGCUUCGGCUGCACCCAAGCUGCGGCCGCUUCAGGUGGGAAUUCUCCGCGUCUCUUCAGAUGCCCAUGCUCCAGCCUCGGCGUCGCCGUUCUGCAUGCCGGAGGCUCAGCUGUUUUCUCCGCCCGCUUCCCCUUCCCGAAGGAAGCAGCGCACACGCCGCCAUAAACUGGACAAUGUUACGCAACUCCCGGUGGUGAGUUACAAUGAUAAUUUUUCUCCCGCUUCUUUGGACAUUAACAACAACAGACUCACUCCUGAUCCUGUCGAUGUGUCCCUGCUGGACGACGACAUAGACUGGGAGAACUUUUUCUGCUCUGCUCCCUCUGAGCUGGGAAAUGACAAUGUUUUUGAAACCGUGAACUCUAUCAGUACCAGACCUAGAAAAACUGUAAAACAUUGUGGGAGAGAGGCAGAAUUUAUUUUCGAUAGGUCUGUUUUUGUGGACCCGGUGGAGGUUCCUUUUGAGCCUGCCCAAGCAAAGACUGUUUUUUCUGAGCAUAACUCUCCGUCUACCCGUGUUUCUUCUCCCAGGGCAGCUCGGGCCCGGCUUUUCUCUGCACCCGUUUCAGUCCCUCGGGUGGAGAAAGCUGAGGUCCAGCUGGUCCCUACUCCGGCUUCCCGGCCGGCUGAGGCUCUGUCGGUCCCUGCACCCGUACCAGCUCCUCGGGUGGGGGCGGCAGCUGCUCAGCCAUUGCCGGUGCCUGUUCCGGCCCCUAGGGUGAGGGCAGCCGUCACUCAGCUUCCUCCUACACCCGUACCCACUCCUCGGGUGGGAGCGGCUCCUGUCUCGCAGAUACCUGCACCCGUUUCUGUAUCCACUGUAAGCUCAAGUGAGUCUGUCCUGUCAUAUUCUUCAUGUUCAGAAGGCUCAGAAGAGUUAGCUCAGCCUCCGUCACAAGUGCCAUCGCUACAACAGUCCCUACAACAUGUAUUACAGUCCCUUGCUCAGUCAUUCGCUCUGUUAGUAGCCCAGUCCCUAGCUCAGUCUCCUGUGUCCACGCUAGCUCAGUCUCCUGUGUCCACGCUAGCUCAGUCUCCUGUGUCCACGCUAGCUCAGUCUCCUGUGUCCACGCUAGCUCAGUCUCCUGUGUCCCCGCUAGCUCAGUCUCCUGUGUCCCAGCUCCCUGUAGCUCAGCCAUUGGGACUGUCAUCAGCAGCUACGUUUGCACCAGAACCAUUAGUUCAGUUUCCUGUGCAGUCACCUACACCACCCACUACUCCACUCUCACCACAGCCAUCAUUACAGCCACUAGUUCAGUCCCCUGUGCCAGUUCAGUCUCCCCUAGCACAGUUAUCCACGCAACCACCGGCUCCACUCUCAUCACCACCAUUAGUAGCCCAGCUCCCCGUGUCUCCAGUAGCCCAGUCUUCUGGUCCGCUUAACAUUCAGCCAGGGGUCCCAAUACCCUCUGGCUCUACAUCAACACUUGCUGGAAGCUCGGAUGAGCUCAUCCAGCACCCUGUGGCUCCCACGCCGCCACCUGCCUUCUCCGCUGGAGGGCCCGAGGAGCCCGUGAACCCAGACAGCAUCCUGCCUCGUUGGCUGGAGGGCCCGAGGAGCCCGUCCAGCCCCAAGACUCAUCAGCUGGAGGUUCGGGAGAACCUAGCCAGCUUCCGGCCUCGUCGGCUGGAGGGCCCGAGGAGCCCGUCCAGCCAGCCGCAGCUUCGUCCACGCCUGCAGCCUCAGCUUCGUCCACGCCUGGCCCGGCCUCUUCAUGGAACCCGACCCAUCCUGUUCCGCCUCGCCCCCGCCGGCCGCUUUCCAGGCCUCCAAUUGGGCGUCAUGGCCGUCGAGGCCGGCCUCCUGAGAGAGACCGUCGCCGCUGCUGGCAUCACAGCCGACCUCCGGAUCUGCUCAGUGGCCGCCACUGACUUCCACGUGGCCGGCCUCCCGAACUGUUUGCCCGUCGCCGCCGCUGCCGUGUGCACGGUCGGCCUCCAGAACUGUUUGCCCGUCGCCGCCGCUGCCGUGUGCAUGGUCGGCCCCCUGACCUGUGUUGGCUCCUGCGUGGCCGACCUCCGGGUCGACCCCCUGAACUUUUCAUGGACUCUUGAGCUCUAG